GUUUUACGACAAAUUGUUUUCUCCACGUAUUCUCAUGUGUGAUAUCUCCUUUCGCUCUCGCUCUUUCUGGCUCGCAGCUGCAGGGGCAAGAGAAAGCGGUGGCCGAGGCGUCUCUUUCUUCUUCUCCUCGUUGCUCGCUGUCUCUUGAUCAUCCGCGUUUCGAUUUCUUCGAAUUUUCUUCUACGUUUUAGCUUGGAAAGGGAGAGUGAGGGAGAGAGAGUUUCUUUGUUUCUGGGUGGAUUUUAAGAGUUUGAUCGAAGUCUAGUGAAGGAAUGCGCGGCGGAGCUGCCGGAGACUAGGGCGUUCGCUUGCAGAAGGUGGGGGCGAAGGCGUAUGUAAAAUGCGACGUCUUGUCGAUGACGAGGGAGUCGCUAGUACCGCGGCGGAGGACUUUGCAGAGAAGUCCCUUGUGCAAGCGAGGGGUAGAUCUCAGGGUGGGGGUGGGGGAAGACGGGUGACUCCCACGGUCGAUCUCGCUGACGACGAGGAGGAUCCGGCCUUGGAGAAGGCGCUGCCGAACGGGGAUCUGUAUACCGGUGGAUUCGCCGGCAACGCGCCUCACGGGCGUGGGAAGUACCUGUGGGCAGACGGGUGUAUGUACGAGGGGGAGUGGCGAAAGGGGAAGGCCUCCGGGAAAGGGAGGUUCUCAUGGCCUUCUGGCGCUUCCUACGAGGGUGAGUUUCGUUCCGGCCGGAUGGAGGGGUUCGGCACUUUCAUCGGUGCUGACGGCGAUACCUACCACGGUCAGUGGGUGGCUGACCGCAAGCAAGGAUUUGGCAGCAAGUCGUACGCUAACGGAGACCACUACGAGGGCAUGUGGCGGCGCAACCUCCAGGAGGGCCACGGCCGCUACGUUUGGCGGAACGGCAACCAGUACGUAGGCGAGUGGCGUGGAGGCGUGAUCAACGGCCGGGGUGUACUCAUAUGGACCAACGGAAACCGCUACGAUGGCCAGUGGGAGAACGGCGUUCCGAAGGGGAGCGGCGUGUUUACCUGGCCCGACGGCAGCUGCUACAUCGGCAGCUGGAGCCGCAGCGAUCCCAAGGCUCUCGACGGCACCUACUACCCCGCCACCGCCACGCCCCGGAAAGAGAUCGUCUCUGGUAGGAGAAGCUCCUUCUCCUUCUCGCCGCUGGACGAUGGAUCACCGAUGGCGCCUUCGUCCAGGAAGCGGUUGUCUGUAGACGUAGUCCACCGGUCGCCUGGGCGGAUCAGCUCGGUGGCUGAGAAGAACUUCCCCAGGAUCUGCAUCUGGGAAUCGGACGGCGAAGCUGGGGAUAUCACUUGCGACAUCAUCGCCAACGUCGAGGCAUCGUUGCUGUACACGGACAGAUCAUUGCACGAUCAUGUCAGUGGGACUCUCAUAGGUACCGUGCAACGGAGACAGUGCUCCCUCCCCUUGUUUACGCCGGAGGUAAAGAAGCCAGGGCAGACGAUAUCGAAGGGGCACAAAAACUACGACCUGAUGUUGAACCUUCAAUUAGGCAUCAGCUACUCAAUUGGGAAACCCUGCUCGGCACAGCUGAGGGAGCUACAGCAGGAAGAUUUUGAUCCAAUGAAGAAAUUCUGGACGAGGUUCCCUCCAGAGGGAUCAAAGAGCACUCCUCCGCACCAGUCACCGGAAUUUCGAUGGAAGGACUAUUGUCCUAUGGUCUUUAGACACCUAAGGAAAUUAUUUUCAGUGGAUCCAGCAGAUUAUAUGUUAGCUAUCUGUGGAAAUGAUGCACUGAGGGAGCUCUCUUCACCUGGGAAGAGCGGGAGCUUCUUUUUCAUGACCCAGGAUGACCGUUUCAUGAUUAAGACGGUAAAAAAAUCAGAAGUGAAGGUACUUAUUAGGAUGUUGCCCAGUUAUUACCGGCAUGUAUGUCAGCAUGAGAGGACUCUAGUGACAAAAUUCUAUGGAGUUCAUUGCGUAAAACCCAAUGGUGGCCAAAAGGUCCGGUUCGUUGUUAUGGGCAAUUUGUUCUGCUCCGAAUAUCAAAUACAUAGGAGGUUCGACUUGAAAGGUUCAUCCUAUGGGCGGACAACCGAGAAGACUGAAGAAGAGAUUGAUGAAACAACUACACUCAAAGAUCUUGACCUGAAUUUAGUAUUUCACCUUCAAAAUUCUUGGCGCAAAGAGCUACUUGAACAAAUCAAACAGGACUGUGAGUUCUUGGAAUCAGAGGGGAUCAUGGAUUAUAGCCUCCUUGUGGGAGUUCACUUCCUAUCACCACUUCUUGCUUCACUUCAGUCAUCUAAGGAGGAAUCAUUUCAAUGCGGCCUAUCUGUCUCAACAUUCAAAUGCCAAGAUAUGAAUCAAAUUCCAGACACACGGAAACCAUUGGCCCGGUUGGGUGCGAACAUGCCAGCGAGAGCAGAGCACGCUGCAAGAAGCGCAGCAAGCACUGGGAUGCCAACGCCUACAGCAAGCGGCGAGCUCCAUGACGUGCUUCUCUACUUUGGCAUAAUCGAUAUCCUUCAGGACUACGACAUCACCAAGAAGUUGGAGCACGCCUACAAAUCGUUGCAGGUCGAUCCCAACUCCAUCUCCGCGGUGGACCCAAAGCUGUACUCUCGGAGGUUUCAGGACUUCAUCAGUAGAAUAUUUAUCCAAGAUGAUUGACACACGGUAAAAGAACACAAUUGUAGAGCCUUUUUAUUAAAAGCAGCACUUCAGUGUCUGCUACAGUCGGUGGUGGGUAGUGGGCUGAAUUUUGAAGCUCAGCCAUGGAUAGAUUCUUAUAUGUAAGUAAAGGGCGUGUUGAAUUCCUUUUAUUUUCACAUUUCCUUCUUGAAAGAGUGAAGGGAUAGUAGAGUUUGAUAGGGGAUGGAUGGAACAAUGGUUGUACAGAUGGAUAGUGAUGCUGAUUGUGCACAUUACAAAGAAAAAAUUUUGAUGCAUGCCA